AUGUCACAAGACAAUUUAACAUUAUGUCGAGCUAAUUACUUUGAAACAUGUUGGUGUGAAUUAAAUUCAUCUGAACCAAUAAAAUGCUCUUAUCUAUUACGUCAUGAAACAUCGUUUUCUAAUUCAUCAUAUUUUUGUGUUUAUCAUACAAUUCGAAAAGCCAUUGAAUGUUUUAAUUCAUCACAUAUAUUUCCAAAAUCUUCUGCUUCAAAUGUUUACAUUUAUUUAACAUUAUUACUUUGUAUUAUUGGUUUUAUUGGUAAUGGAAUAUCAAUAAUUAUUUUACUUUGUUCCAAACUUAGUCGUUUCAAUGUUUUUAAAAAUUUAAGUAUAUUUUGUUUUUUGAAUAUAUUAUAUUUAAUAUCAAUAUUAAUUCGUCAUGUGAAUAUUUAUCAACAAGAUUUAAGAGAUACUUCAACAGAAUUAUGUCGUUUACAUAGAUUUACUGUAACUUUUAUUGGUCAUCUUUGUUCAUGGCAACUUGUUUCAACAAGUAUUCAACGUCUUCAUGCAUUACUUAGUUUAAAAUCACAUCGAACGAAAUCAUGGGUAUGUUUGAUGAUGAUAAUUGAAGUGUCAAGUAAAAAAGAAAUUUAA